CAGGCGCAUGCGCCGAGUACCGCCACGCCUGGUCUCGGGGACGCCCUUCUGGACCGGUUUCGCCUCGCGGAGCUCGCAGGUCCAGGUGCCGCGGCCGCAGUGCUGCCUCCCUGCGCCGCGGGCAGUGGCGGUCUCAGGUGUGCCGAAGCUCUGGUCAGUGCCAUGAUCCGGCAGGAGCGCUCCACAUCCUACCAGGAGCUGAGUGAGGAGUUGGACCAGGUGGUUGAGAACUCAGAGCUGGCAGACGAGCAGGACGAGGAGACAGUCAAAGUCCAAGGUCCAGGUGUCUUACCAGGCCUGGACAGCGAGUCUGCCUCCAGCAGCAUCCGCUUCAGCAAGGCCUGCCUGAAGAACGUCUUCUCGGUCCUGCUCAUCUUCAUCUACCUGCUGCUCAUGGCUGUGGCUGUCUUCCUGGUCUACCAGACCAUCACAGACUUCCGUGAGAAACUCAAGCACCCUGUCAUGUCUGUGUCUUACAAGGAGGUGGAUCGCUAUGAUGCCCCAGGUAUUGCCCUGUACCCCGGUCAAGCCCAGUUGCUCAGCUGCAAGCACCAUUACGAGGUCAUUCCUCCUCUCACAAGCCCUGGCCAGCCGGGUGACAUGAAUUGCACCACCCAGAGGAUCAACUACACGGACCCCUUCUCCAAUCAGACUGUGAAAUCUGCCCUGAUUGUCCAGGGGCCCCGGGAAGUGAAAAAGCGGGAGCUGGUCUUCCUCCAGUUCCGCCUGAACAAGAGUAGUGAGGACUUCAGCGCCAUUGACUACCUCCUCUUCUCUUCUUUCCAGGAGUUCCUGCAAAGCCCAAAUAGGGUAGGCUUCAUGCAGGCCUGUGAGAGUGCCUAUUCCAGCUGGAAGUUCUCUGGGGGCUUCCGCACCUGGGUCAAGAUGUCACUGGUGAAGACCAAGGAGGAGGAUGGGCGGGAAGCAGUGGAGUUCCGGCAGGAGACAAGUGUGGUUAACUACAUUGACCAGAGGCCAGCUGCCGAAAAAAGUGCUCAGUUGUUUUUUGUGGUCUUUGAAUGGAAAGAUCCUUUCAUCCAGAAAGUCCAAGAUAUAAUCACUGCCAAUCCUUGGAACACAAUUGCUCUUCUCUGUGGGGCCUUCUUGGCAUUAUUUAAAGCAGCAGAGUUUGCGAAACUGAGUAUAAAAUGGAUGAUCAAAAUUAGAAAGAGAUACCUUAAAAGAAGAGGUCAGGCAACAAACCACAUAAGCUGAAGUCACCUCACAAUGUUUACAGAACUGCCCACAUCAAUGGGAGUUGUCAUCACUUCCACUUUAUAAACCGAGCUAUCAACAAUCCUGUACUCACUUGAAGAAAUGGGGCCUUGCUGGGAGGAACAACAUGUCCAACUGGAACUUCUAACCUGGCUCCCAAAGAGACUGUGUAGAGCCUAAUAGAAAAGACCUAAUGGAUAACCUGAAAGUUAGUUAAAUAUUUAAAUUAUUAAUGAACUUUUUAAAGAGCUGGCCAAUGACUUUAUUGAAUAGAGUUUGUGGAAGAUGCCUUUCUUCCUGUUUGGUUCAUUGUAUUUUAUUAGGUUAAGCUCUAAUAGGGUAAUGAAGGCUCUACUUUUCACCUUUUAAAAGUGGACAGAAGAGUGUGAUUUUCUUUUUCCAAAAAUCCGGACUAUCAAGAUGUGCAGGUCAUGUGUUGGAGCAUAUGCACUGUACACAAAGGCAAAAAAGCCUGUAACUUUGGCAUCAUCUGCCAUUGAUGUCCAGCCUCUGAUAAUGCUCUUUGAUUUGUUAAAGGUUAAAUGAGACUUUAAAUCUACUUGAAACUAGUAAUUAAGUUUCUUAAUGGACUGACUAGCCACCUACUUGUCUGGCUAGAAUGUUUGUUGAUGUAUGAGUUUAGAUUAACGUUCAAAAGCACUAGGACAGAUGUACAUAGUAGGUGCCUACUCAGCGUAUUUUGAUGAUUUCAUUAACAGGUAAAUAAAAGGUUAAUACAAAAGGAA